ACACCCACUACCUUCACCAUCCCCGCACUACAGCAGCAGCAGCGAGGGUUUAGGGGGAAAAUGAGCUUCUUUAGGAACGCAGUCUGGUUCGUGAAAGGACUCCAGGAGUACACAAAGAGUGGCUAUGAAGCUGCAGCCAAGCAUUUCGUAGCAGCAGACCUGGAGGUGAACCUGAGUGGACGGUCCUUCAUCGUGACCGGGGCCAACAGUGGGAUAGGGAAAGCUGCAGCCACGGAGAUCGCCAUCAGAGGAGGAACUGUACACAUGCUUUGUCGAAACAAGGGACGAGCAGAAGCAGCCAAACAGGAAAUUGUGGAGCGGAGUAAAAAUCAGAACAUUCACGUCCACAUCGUGGACAUGUCCAGUGCCAGGCAGGUGUGGGAGUUUGGGCUGAGCUUCUCGCAGAACAACGCGCUGCACGUGCUGAUCAACAACGCUGGCUGCAUGGUGAACCAGAGAGAGCUGACCGACGACGGCCUGGAGAAGAACUUUGCCACAAACACACUCGGUACUUACAUUCUCACCAGCGCACUGAUUCCUGCCCUGAAGAAGGCUGACGACGCCAGAGUGAUCACGGUGUCCUCUGGCGGCAUGCUCACUCAGAAGCUGAAUGUGGAGGACCUUCAGUUUGAAAAGGGCACGUUUGACGGCACCAUGGCUUAUGCUCAGAAUAAAAGACAGCAGGUGAUCCUGACGGAGCGGUGGGCUGCUCAGCACCGGGACAUCCACUUCUCCUCCAUGCACCCCGGCUGGGCCGACACGCCAGCGGUUCAGUCCUCCAUGCCCUCAUUCCAUGCAAAGAUGCAGUCCAAGCUGCGGACGGAGGCCAUGGGUGCAGACACGGUGGUGUGGCUGGCGGUGGCCGCCGCCGCCGUCAAGCAGCCCAGCGGACUCUUCUUCCAAGACCGUAAGCCGGUGGCGACUCACCUCCCUCUGGCGUUCUCCCGCUCCACGCCACAAGAGGAGGAGAGGCUGCUGGCAGCUCUGGAGGAGCUGGCCCUCAAGUUCAAACCCUGAAGUCUGGACACUUAGCACUGAUAAACUAUCAAAUAUUCCUGUUUACAUCAUAUGAAACCAAACCUUGUUGAACAAUUACCUCAAGCUGAAGCAAAACAAAUCUAUUCAGGUAUAUUGAAGUUGCUUUCAGGAAGUUUCUUUUAAAAUACACUAACACAUAAUGUUUUCUAUUACAUUAAAUCAAGCUUGUGAUGCAUAUUAAGAUUUGUA